AUGCCCGAUGGUAGCUAUUGUCCCCCUGAAGCAAUUGAUCAAGAAAUCAAUGGCGAACUUAAGACACAGUUGGAUGAUAGCCGUUUUGCAGAAAUCGAAGGCGCCUAUUGUGAGGCAUUAGGGGAGUUGGAAGACGCACUCUAUAAUCAGGCACCAAGUCCAUCAGGGACGACUGAAAGCGUAUCCACAAAGACAACAAUGAAGCUACCGAAAAUCGAGCUGCCAAAGUUCGACGGAACUUUUGGAACAUGGUUAUCUUUCAAGGACACGUUCUCCACGUGUGUUAUUAAUGGCGUGACCUUAUCCGAUGUCCAGCGAUUGCAUUAUUUGAAAGGCUGCCUAUCAGGAGACGCCGAAGUGCUCCUCCGAAAUUUGCUAGUUAUUGACAGCAAUUUCAAAGUUGCCUGGGAUAUACUUCAGCAAAGGUACGAUAACAAAAUACGACUUCUGCGCGCCUACUUGCACAACAUCGUGAAACUUCCUAGCGCGUCAGCUGAAUGCUCAACAGCAAUACAGAAGCUUAUGGACGGGGUCACAGAGUCCGAGCGUGCACUGACGAAGCUUGGUAGACCCACGGAGAAGUGGGAUGAUUGGCUUGUGUAUCUGAUCACCGAAAAGCUAGAUACAGAAACUCUUAAGCAAUGGGAGUUGUCCCUAGACUCUCCCAACCACAUCCCAAUAUAUAAACAAUUAGUACAGUUCUUAGAGAAGCGCAUUGUGGGUUUAGAAGCAGUCCUAAGCCAGUGCGCCAUCAAUCCAUCCGCUGCCAUCAAGCCAAUUAUCUACCAUGCCCCUGCUGUGCAGGAAAGCACAUACUGA